AAAUAAUUGUAUGCUUUUACUUUCAGAGUGAAAAUGCUAUCGGCGCACAUCGCGUGUUUGAUAAAACCUCAUUCUCCUGCUCUGGACGCCCGGCCGGAUAUUAUGCUGAUGUUGAAACCGGAUGUCAGGUGUACCACAUGUGCGAUGGCUUGGGGCGCCAAUUCAGCUAUUCCUGUCCCAAUACUACGCUUUUCCAGCAGCGCAUGUUGAUCUGUGAUCACUGGUAUAUGGUGAAUUGCUCACGGGCAGAAAGCAAUUAUGCAGCUAACUUAUUGAUUGGCCAACGUGACAAGCCGUUCGUAAAUGAUGAGGAGAACAGUUUGCGCACACCACGUCCAGAUCUCUUGGAUCGUCCUUAUGCGCCGGACUACUCUGGCGAGUCAUUCAGAAACCAAUAUAAGCAACUUCCUGCGGCUCAGAAUCAAAUUCAAGACAUCAACACUCAAAAGGUACAGGACAAAUUUAAUAUUGCCGCACAACCAUCGCCUGGCCAACAGCACUGGAAAAUACCACCGCCUAGCCGCACGAUAUUGCCGCCCGCCUACGAAGCGCAGACCUCAGAUGAUACCAUUUCACAAACUAGUGCAGGCAAUGUCCGGUUUGUACCUAAACCUGUGCAGCCAACGCCACCACCCACAACAAAGCCGAGCUUCUCUCGUCCAAAGGUGACAACCGCGCUACCAUCCAAUAAGCCAGAUCCGCGUAGCCAACCAACCAACCGCUUUAACAAUGCUGCUCUACAUCAGCGCGUCCAAACCGGUGAGCACGAUGAUCUGGGAACGAGUCACAGCACGCGCUACAACACAUCGGCCGAUUUCAAUUCAUCUGAGCAAACAAUCAGCAAAUCGUCGAAUUCCUUUAGUAAAAGUAGCCGCAGUUCAUUCCGUGCUAUCGCGCCCACAGUCUCUAGCACAGCACCAAGCAUAUUCCCGCCAACCAAACCACUCACACCUGCCAACAACGCUGCAGUUACGACGGAUGCGGCUGUAAAAGUACCAUCGAAGGUAUAUGAGCCUCCCUUCCUUUAUCCUGUCUAUAACGAGAACGACACGCUCAGCACUAAAACGCCAGUACGUACCUCCCCGGCCACGCCGUUCACUUCCUCACCCGCGAUUGCCAAAUUCACACCUACAACUCCAGUACCACCACCAAACCGGCCCACUACUCUAGCAGGCAAACCCUUUACUGCACGUGGCAUCACAACAAAAGCGCCGAACUUUGGCGGGCGCAACCAGAACAAUUUGCUUCAGAACAGCUUUAGCCAAAGCACUAAGGACGUGCGCACUCCCACACCAGCGCAAGGCUUCAAACCGCCCACACCACGCCCACCUGUAAGCACCACCAAAACGCCGACAACUGCCACGCAAAAGGUGGAAAACUCCCCAUUUGACUACAGCGUUCCCACGACAAAUCGGCUAAAUUUCCCGACAACAUUCAUUAAUACGACGAACACGAUCGCAAGCGAAGACGCCAAGCCACCAGCCAAGGAUCUGCUACCACCUUACCAAGAAUUCGUUCAACAUGAUACGGCCACUACACAGGGACCGCCUAUCUACUACGAGUGGAAAGCGCCAUCUAACGGCCUCGAACCACCUAAGCUGGAUCCGCCAAUAGGCGUAGAUGGGCGCGAGUACCCGGAAGUAGUUAUCGAUUACAAUACAAUUAGUGGCGCCAGCGGCGAUGCAACAACGGAUGAAAAGCCGCAGAACACCAACAACAACGUAUCGACACCAACGAAAGCGGCGCCUGAGAAUGGCCCUACUGACCGCACGCCUAUCUCGCGUUCCAUUAAAGAGACGGGGCAGCCAAACAGUGUCUUUCAGGUGAACGCUGAAAAACCAAAGGCAGUCACAACCACGGCAGUGGCGACGGAUCGUUCGGACACCGUGUCUGCCCCAGCAUCGGACAUCACACAAUUGCGCAAAGACUACUCCGUGCCUGAGUAUCUGUUCCCGCUGGAGCCGAUGGGUCGCACUGGCUACUUAUCUGCGGAUUCGUACAACUCCUUUCAACUGAAGAUACCCGAGCACGGCGACGAUGAGCUCGAGGAUCAUCGACAUUGGUUUGGUGAAAACCCAAAAUGUCCAGAGUGUCACCCAGCCUUUGUAGUGCCUGGAACUUGUCAGCCGUGCAUACGAAGAUAGAUAGCGGGCAACGAGGAGAGAUCGGAAACGAGGAGCAUUAAGUAUUCACACGAAGUUAGAAAUACAGCAAAAUUAUAGCGCAAUCAUUUUAUUUUUAGUUUCACUGCAUUGUUGUUUGAUUUACAAAUACAAAUACCUGUUAAUUUUUUAUGCUAUUUCAUGGCUUAAGCAAAAAAAAAAGACGCGAGUAGAAAAAUACUUAAAUGAAAACAAAAAAUAUGUAACUCAAGAAAUCGCGACCAGCAGUUAUGUUAUGAUUUACUACAAUAACAAACAUUACUAUCAGCCAAUACUGUUACAAAUACAAAAAUUGUACAUAUACAUACAUACAUACUUACAUACAUGUGUACAUACAAUGCAAUGCUACCAGAAUGUGCCUACUCUUUCCUCAUUCAACUCAUUCCCUGCAUAUUAAAUUAAAUACAGAAAAAAAAUCAUUAUUGGCCACUUCAUUCCCAUACAUACAUUUGCACAUUUAUCUGGUAGCGCAAUCGUUACCAUUCAUGUAAUAACAAUCACUUACAGUUACAUAUAUGUACCAUAGUUAACCCUUCUGCACAAAAUUUUAACCACCAGACCACGCGGUGUAUAAAUGAGC